AUGCCUCAAGAUAUACUGAAGCAAGCACGUGCGACAUUUUCUGAAGCCACCAAAGUUGAACAGCUAGAUUCGCACACUUACAAAAUCAACCUCCACAGCGACUAUUGCGUCGUCCCCAACGGAGGCUACACAGCAUCAUGCAUGCUCGUUGCGGCCAACAGACACCUCGCUUCACGUGGACAGCCCGACACAUUCACAGCCCACUUUGAGUAUCCCAAUCGAACAUCGUCUGGGCCUGCCGUUAUCGUGAUCGAUGAAGUGAAGCUAGGCCGGACGCUUUCGACCUUGCACCUUACCCUCUGGCAAGGCGACCUGCUCGCCAAUGCACCCUGGGUCAACACGUCGGCUUCUCGCCGCACCGUGCUCGGCUACACAACCCAUACCAACUUGAGUACCUUCACAGGCAUAUCGAUGCCCACGGGAUAUGAGGGGACUCCAGCCGCUUCACUGCCUCCAGUCCCUGAGUUCGCGGCUCUCAAGGCAACCGGCUCGGACCGUGUAUGGGAACAGAGCAAAUGGCCCGGGGUGUUGAAGACUUCAGCAUCCAACGGAAACUGGAGGUUUUUCUUGCCUCGCCAGGGGCCCUUGAGUCCCGGCGUACUGGACAUGUGGGUGUGCCUGGCGAAUGGGGAGAACAUCACGCAGAGCACUUUGCCAUACGCAGCAGAUGCGUUCCCACACAGUCUUCACACAUUCCUGACCACGCCCAAAAUGCGCGGGCUGUUGGAACCGCCGCCGCCGGACAAAGUGGAGGAUGCGGCAACAAGGGGGGCGCGAGAAGAAGUGGCUCGGAGGAAUAGACAACGCGGAAGCAUGUGGUUCCCGACGGUGCUGCUGAACCUGGAGGCGAAAACGAGGCUACCGAAGGAGGGCGUCGAAUGGCUGGCGGUAAGGGUAACGGCGAAGCAAAUAAAGGACGGCAGGUUUGAUCUCGACGUUGUGAUGAGAGAUGCUGACGGUGAGUUGGUGGCGUUGAGUCAACAAGUUGCUCUCAUGGUGAGCUGGGAACGGAAUGUUGGCAAGAAACGCAAGGAGGCAGCGCUGUAG